AUGGCAGCUUAUACUUCUGCUGGCGCUGGUGAUGGCGGUGGUGGUUAUUCGUCGACGUCUUCUUCUUCACCUAAUAAGGCUAUUAAACCAAAGCAACCACUAUGUUUUACCUGUGAAAAAGAGGGCGGCGAGUUAAAGGCAGGGUGGCAACUAAGUUCUGGCCUGUUUGCAAUGCUAUGCACCUUUUGCUUUUUGCAUUAUGAACAUGGAACUUUCUGCACGUUUUACCAUUCCAAGUAUGAAGGUUGGAGAGACUGUCUUUGGUGCAAAAAGAAACUUCAUUGUGGAUGCAUCGCAUCGGCGCACUUAUAUUUAUUGGCGGAUGUUGGCGGCAUUGAGUGCACAAACUGCAUUGGGAAUGAAAUUGAUGCAUCAACUGAUAAAAAGACCCCCCCGGAGCUUUCCACCAAAUGUAAGAAACAAGUCACAGGUAAUGCAAUACCACUGCAGAUUUGUGCUCCAUCUCUUGCUCUACCCUCACCUCCUCGAGUGCAACAGCAUCAGCUAGGCUCACAAAUUACUAAGGAAUCAAAUUCUAUUGUCAAUUUUCUUUUCUCUAAAGUAUUGACUGCCAGGGAUGCUAAUCCAUUCCUUGGAUGUCUUGUUAUACCCAAGAGAUGCGCUGAGAUUUAUUUCCCCAAGAUUUCCGAGCCACAAGAAACUCCUAUUAAAUUUCUGGAUAAAGAAAGAAAGGAGUGGGAGUUUCGCUACUGUUUUCGGCCCAACCGCGUCAGAGGGAAUUAUACUUUGGAGGGAACCGGAUCUUUCUUGGUUUCAACUAAUGCUCAACCCCAUGAUAGAGUGAAAUUUUUCAGCGAAGUACCUGAAGGAAAGUUGAUGAUCACAGUUAGCAAAUCUCCACCUUCUGAGGAAUGAACUCCAUCUUCCGAAAGCCAGAUUAUACCAUUGUGAGUCAUGGAUGCUAUUUGUAGGGCUUGUAGACGACUCGUAGGAGACGACCGGUGUCCUUGAGUUAACAAGGCCUGCCUCCUUAUUUUUCAUGUAUUUUAUUUAUAAAUUACAUCGCUAUGAAUUUGCUCUUUUUUUGGACAGUGUGUGAACUAAAGAUGUUUUUCUAUGGAGUUGAUGUUACUUUUUUUGGUUUGAUAAUUAUAGUCUUUUAAACAGAAAGGUGGAUGUUAGUUUCUCAUAUUUUGUAAAAUAUUAUCCGUUUUGGGUU